UUUCCUGAAUGCACCUAUACUGUAAGCCUUGACCGAGGCUAGCCGUACAGGAGAGUGAAUGGCUAGAGAAGGCGCUGCCUUAGCUCUUAACUGGACGUUUGGGAAAGUUCGGAAAAGACAGUGCAGCCUCACAUUUGGGAAAAUGAGUAAAGUGAAGCUGGAUUAAGUCAAUCAUUUUAACGCUGACGAUACUAACACCCACAUCGUCUCCAUCCAGAUUCAAGUUUUUAUUAAAACUACUUAAUGUCCUUGACAGUGCUUUGUAAAUGGAGCAUUUUCUCAAUUGUCCAUAAUCGUGCCACACCCAAGAAAGUUAUCAUUUUAGAUGCAGCCCAUAAGUAAAUUUACCUAAGCAUCUCCAAAAUACCUGAUUGCUCUUUUUUAAAGAAUCCACUGGAGUUUCUGCUUUGCUUUUUUAGACUACCUUUCAAUAUAGACUUCAGAAGCUUUCAGUGAACGACAGAGAUCCGGAACUCCUCUACUAGGUUAAGAGUAAAUAAUAUGACGUCAGAGGGGAGACAGUGAACGGCAGGGUUCGGGAUUCAUUCACCAACGGGAAAGCAGCUCUUAAUCCGGGCCAGGCACAUAGAUGGUCCAAUCCGGAGAGGACGCGGGGACUUUUGAAUGUUCUUGGGCCCAAUAGUCAGUGAUCUUGCUGUAUAAAAAGAAAGGUUCUUUACUCCUCACUGGAGUUCCUAAAAACAUCCCGUGAUCUUUUAAUAUGGCUCGGACGAAGCAGACGGCUCGCAAGUCCACCGGCGGUAAGGCCCCGCGGAAGCAGCUGGCCACCAAGGCGGCACGUAAGAGCGCGCCGGCCACGGGCGGCGUGAAGAAGCCCCACCGCUACCGGCCCGGCACGGUGGCGCUGCGCGAGAUCCGCCGCUACCAGAAGUCUACCGAGCUGCUGAUCCGCAAGCUGCCGUUCCAGCGGCUGGUGCGCGAGAUCGCGCAGGACUUCAAGACCGACCUGCGCUUCCAGAGCUCGGCCGUGAUGGCGCUGCAGGAGGCGUGCGAGGCCUACCUGGUGGGCCUCUUCGAGGACACCAACCUGUGUGCCAUCCACGCCAAGCGUGUUACCAUCAUGCCCAAGGACAUUCAGCUGGCGCGUCGCAUCCGUGGGGAGAGAGCUUGAAUUGUUGACUGUACGGUGUGAUAUCCCUAAACCCAAAGGCUCUUUUCAGAGCCACGUAAGUAUUUCUAUGAAAGUAGCUGUGACAUUUUAGGUCUCCUUGGCCCCUAAACGGAAGUAGUGA